AUGUUUUGCAUUGGUUCACCCCUCGCAGUAUUCUUGAUCAUGCGCGGAGCAACGGCAUUUGUUCCGGAAUCGGAGAACCUCAAAAGGAUAUACAAUAUCUUUCAUCCGUAUGACCCGGUGGCUUAUCGCUUGGAACCACUGGUGCAUAAACAGUAUCGUUUAAUUCGGCCUAUCAAAUUAUUCGCUGCGUUCGAUCUUCGCUCGCUGCGGGAUUACGCCGUUCUUCCGUAUGAAAUCCACAAAACUUACAUAAAGAAGCUGAAGGCAAAGGAGAAACGCGAGAAGGAGAAGGAUACCCGGACGGGCAAUGGUGAAAAGGAGCACGAAGAAAUGGAAGAGGAGGAUGAGUGCGAAAGUGAUGAUUCCUCCGCCCUGCAUCCGAGCAGCCCUGGUUCUUCACCGCGAAGCUUGACGCCACCGCCUUCAGAAAGCGGUGAACAAAAGAAGAGUUGGUGGAAAUUUGGAGGUGGCAAAAAAGAGAAAGAAGGCGUAGAUUGGGUUGCUGAAGAAGCGAAGCUGAAUGAGGCCGAGAAACUGAUCGAGGAGAUCCCCACCAAUCAAAGGUUGCCGUAUCGUAUGGAUUACCAGCUGCAACCGCAAAUAACAGAUCGUAGCUACUGGUCAGUGUUGAAGAGCCAUUUUGCCUAUUGGACGAACUCCGAUGUGGCGGCUUUUGUUGUGAACUGCUUGUAUCGACGGGACGAGAAGGGGCUCAGUGCUGAUAAAUGUUGA